AUGGCCGACGCAAAGAUCCACGAGUUCGAGAUCGCCGCCCUCGAAGAACACGAAUUUACCUCGGGUCCGCUCUCCAUCCUGCAGACCGCCGUGCGCUCGCAUACCCAGGUGCUGAUCUCUUGCCGCAACAAUCGCAAGCUGCUGGCGCGCGUGAAGGCUUUCGAUCGGCACUGUAACAUGGUGCUCGAAAACGUCAAGGAGAUGUGGACGGAGGCGCCCAAGACGAGCGGGGGGAAGAAGGGGCGCCCGGUGAACAAGGAUCGGUUUAUCAGUAAGAUGUUUCUGCGAGGUGACUCCGUCAUCUUAGUCCUCCUCAGCUGA